AUGGAAGCAACAGUGGACAGUUCGCUCGUAAACGGUGAUUCUGAUCCUCCAUAUCAAUAUGAACAACCACUACCGAGUAGCAAGAUACCGAUAUUAGAUGGCCAGCAUACUCCUCAGAAUAUAGCUUUACAUGGUUUUAUAGUUGGGAGUUUGUUCGGCUUUGGUAUUGGGAUAUCGUUAUACUCUGAAAAACUGUUUCAACUGGGAUUUUUUAUAUCCGCACUCGGACUAUUUCAUUUGCUUGAGUAUCUGCUGACCGCAAUGUUUAACGCUGAUAAAUUAAGCCUUGACACUUUCUUGAUUAACAAUGGGAAGGCGUAUCAUAUCGCAUUUGCAUCGGGUAUGAUCGAAUAUCUGAUUGAGUUGUGGCUAUUUCCCGGGAUGAAGAAGUUUGGUUUUAUUAAUUUAAUAGGCCUGUUCUGUCUAAUAAUGGGUCAGACAGCAAGAAGUCUUGCCAUGUGGCAUGCAAAAUCCAAUUUUUCUCAUCAACUCGUAUAUUACAAACAGCCCGAUCACGAACUAGUAACAACGGGUGUUUAUGCUUAUCUCCGUCACCCGUCGUACUUUGGUUUUUAUUAUUGGGCCAUUGGCACCCAAAUUAUGUUAUUUAAUCCGAUCUGUCUAACAGCGUUUGCGCGUACAUUGCAUUACUUUUUUAGCGAGAGACUCAAGGAAGAGGAACCAACUUUGAUUAGAUUCUUUGGUGAUGAGUAUAGAGAAUAUAGGAAACGAACCAAGACAUGGAUUCUUUCUUAUGAUCUGUUGGUUGAUAAACAGAGGAUAAGAGAAGAUGACCUACGAAAUAACAAUCGCGAUUGA